CGUGCUCUGCCAGGAGCCUAUCGCAUUAGAAUGUCGUCUGUCUCUAUGGGAACGGUUGAUACAACUAAUAAGUCCCAGCUCGUGAGGUUCCACCGCUCCCUAUGAUCAUUACCUCAAAGCUGCUUCUCUUCAGCACUCCAUCCAUGGGUCACACUAUGACAUCAUCAGGACGCUGAGCGCCCACCUACCUGCCAGAGCAUUGGAGGGAAGAGGAGAACACUGACUGCAGAGGGAGUUGGGAACAAGGUCUGUGAAAAGAAAGAAACAUGUCUGAUCCCAACAUUCUGGUAUCAACAAAUGAGUCAAAUCCACAUGAAGGACUUGAAGUAUCGGAAGGAUUUGAAGCAUCAGAUGUGGACAGUGAACAACAAGAAAACAUAUGCAGACACUGUUUUCCAAAUGAAUUACACCAAGAGAUAAAUGGGGAGGGAUCAGAAACAAAGAACAGACCACAAGUUCUAGAUGGAAAAGACGUAGUAAGCCCGGAUCCUCUGGCAGGCCAGGAAGAAAUAGCACUGCAAUGGCAUGCAAUGGAAGACAUGGAACUUCAGCAAUGGUCUGAUGGCUCCAUCUACAGAGGAAAUAUUACUAUGAACAUGAAGCUCGGAGUUGGGGAAUUCAGAUGGGCCAAUGGAGAGAGUUAUAUUGGUGAAUUUUACAAGGAUCAUCACCAUGGCAAGGGGACUUACUACUGGCCUGAUGGCUGUAAAUUCACUGGCUUCUUUUACCUCAGCCGGAAGGAAGGCUAUGGGACCAUGAUAUUUCCUGAUGGCAAAAGUUACCAGGGGCUGUACAAGUCGGAUGUGCGCUAUGGGCCUGGCUUUGAAACUUACAGUGAUGGGUGCCAGGAUGUUGGCAUCUGGAAGGGACAGCAGUUGUUCAGAUUGUGCACUGUGGUACCUGGCUCUAUCUCCAUCCUUUCUUACCCACAAUUUAGUCAGCCUCAGAAGACAAAUACAAGAUGUGUUAGCGAAGAUCACGAUUCUGUUACAGAGAAGGGAAAGGCUGAGGAUCCCUUUUUAUUCCGAUAUAAAUUCCUACUACUGGAGGACAGAUUCACCCUUCCUAAGAAGAUCUAUUCCUACUCCUCUGACACUGACCACCUCCCUAUCACCCCUUCUGAGCAUCUAGAGUUUAAUCAGCACUUUUACAGGGACCAGCAAGAGGUUGGCAGUCAUGUUACCUUUGAUAAUGUACAGCCUAACAGUGGAAUGAGGAAGAUUUAUCUGCAUGUUAAUGAACACAGACACAGCCCAGAGCACUUGAAAUGGGGAAUUAUUUCUAUUAUGAACGGAGACAGAUAUAUGUUUGGCCCGAUAGGUCCCCGUGAGCGGGUGGCAGAGCAGCUGAUAGUGGCGGCUGGACUGGGAGAUUAUGAUGCCAUUUCCACAAUCCUGAGACAUGAUCUGGCCCAUGUGGACGUGUCUGACAAGUGUGGGCUGACAGCUCUGCAGGCUGCAGCGGUAAAUGGUCAUAAUAACGUCAUUAACCUUCUGCUUGACAAUGGAGCGGAUGUUAAUAAGAGCAAUGAUGAAGGAUUAUCAGCUUUGUCCUUGUGCCUGAUGCUGUUUUACAGCUCCAAACCAUUCUGGCCGAAUGUGGCAGAGCGGAACCUCUCGUUCAGCAAGGAAGAAUCAAGUGACUUCACGUUGAGGAUCAGUGGAAGUGAAGGGAAUGCUGCCCAUGAGAAGGAUGACCAAAUGCCUACAGUUUUGGAGACAUGUCUUGACGUACCAUAUAGUGAGACUGGUCCUGGACAGGAAGCAUUGGAUUCCACCUCUGAUCCUCACAAGGAUAAAAACCUAAGAUCUACAAUCAACCUGCUUCUCCUGCGAGGUGCUGACCCGGAUAUGUGCUCCAUCCCCAUGCAUCCUUUAUUCUUUGCAGUCAGAGCUGCAGAUGCCGACACUGUACAGUUACUGCUGGAAUGUGGAGCAAGCACUGAUGUCCGUCUGUCGACAGCGAACGGUUCCUUGACUCCUCUCCACAUAGCAGCAGCUUUGCCAGUAGCUGAAGGAACUCGGAUCACAGAGAUUCUGCUAUUUGCCGCUUCAGAUCCCAAUGCCAGCGCUGAGGAUGAGGACUAUGUGUAUGAUCCUGACAGGGGAGAUAGCCCUGGAACAGUUCUGGGAUUUCCUAUGAAAGGCUGCCUUGACUCUGGUCUGCCUCUCUACAACUAUUAUGAGAAAAGCCCCCAUGUCCCAGAAGAGGGUGGCCGCACACCCUUGCAUGUAGCGUGUGAGAGAGAAGACAACUACAAGCUUGCCAAGGAUACAAUUUCUAUACUUCUGGAUCACAAUGCCAAGGUCAAUACCCUGUGGAGUGGGCACUCUCCUCUGUCCUUGGCCAUUGCCAGUGGAAAUGAUAUGGCUGUGAAAGAGCUAUUGGCAAAUGGUGCAGAUCCCAACCUGCCUCUGAGCAGAGGAGUGGGCAGUGCCCUGUGUGCAGCCGUGAAUACCGCAUAUGAAAAACACAGGACUCUGGCUGCAAGAAUUGCUCUGGUGGAUAGACUUAUAAAAUCUGGAGCCAAUAUAUUAAUGCCGAUCCUUAUAGGAGAAGGAAAGAGGACAGCACUGGGUACAGCUACAGACUAUGCCUACUACAAAUACUUCCAGGAUAAGAAGAUAGCACACACACCAUACCAUGCGUUGUCCCCCGAGGAAAGGGACAUUUUUAAUGCAAGAAAACAACUCUUGGAGCACUUGGGAGAACUUACUCGAGAGGCUGUUAAAGCAAAAGAAAAGGAGUGGGCAAAUGAUGGUAUAAUCCGUAGCUCUUCUACACACAGAGAUCCAGAGAGAAAAGUGCACACACAUGAAGCAUUAGGAGAAGGGCACAUGUAUGCACCCAAAAAAACAUUUUUCAAACACUGUUAUCAGUGUGGCCGUUCUGUUGGAGUCAAGCUGACCCCGUGUUUGCGCUGUUACUCAAUAUAUACAUGCAGCAAACAAUGCAAGCACAAAUCAUGGACUGAACUUCAUAAAGAUGAAUGUCUCCAGCAUUCAGGAAAGCUCAGCAGUAAGAUGACUCCAGCCAGAGGUGAUUGGAGCAGUCAUGGUGGGCACGGUGUAGCUGCCACCACUGAGAAUUAUAGCUUUAAUUAACAGAAAUGGUGGACAGUAUUGUAACAGAAUUGGUUCACUUUCUUGUAUAGAGAUCUCUCUUCAUUAAACCCUAAUACCACGUUCAAUUUAAAUCCACAAGAAAUAUUCCAGGUGUAUCAAAACAAAAGUUACACUUGGUUUUCUUUAGUAGCCACAUCCUAAGUAGAAAAGCCUGCCCCUGCCAACCAGUGUGAUGUAUUGAUCCAACAUGCCCCCUGCCACGUCAGAGCUAGAACCUUUGGUGAUUGUAGAGCUAUAGGUCAGACACAACGGGGGGCGUGUCAGACCUCUGCAGAGAGACCACUGCUUCCCCACUGAGAGAAAGAGUCCCUACUUACAGCAGACUGGCAGGUGACAGGCCUUUCUAUUGUGUGACUAUUUUCUAAAAAUGUAAGUCUUUGCACACCUCUUGUUUUGAUACACUUGCAAUUUAUUUAAACUGAAAGAUCGAGUGGGCUUUAAAUUAAACCUGCCGUGAGAGAUAUAGGGGCUCCCAUUGUUAUUUUCUGCUGAAAAACUUAGUUACCUGGUUGUUAUACUGACCUCUGGCAUCAAUACUUUCUGAAUCACUGCUCAGAAUAAAGUAUGCAGAUUAGGAUAAAAGUGAUUGAAUAUAGAGGGUUACUAUGACAGCCAGGCAAACAGAAUUAUUAGAAGAGGCCAACAGCGGCAGCCUGAAUAUUACUUUCAUGUCGGGUUUUCUAAUACAUUUUUUUUUUUCCUAAUUUUUUUAUCAGUAAUGUUAUUCAUAAAAUAGCGGAGAGCCUGAUCUUAUUUGUGCAUGUACAGUAUGGGCCAGAUUCUCGUAGUUUGGCGUAACUUUGUUCGGCGUAACGUAACCUAUUUACGUUACGCCUCC